UGUUUGUUUUGAUGAUGUUCUGAAUUUCAGGUUUUACUUUAAUUUGCAGCUUCAAAUUAAACUUUGCUGUUUUUAGUCUGGAAAUAUUUCAAGAGUGUAUUUUUUUAACAUAGUAGUUUAAAAAUUAGAACUACUUGACAACAUUUAACAUGGCUGCCAGUUUGUUGGAAUGUGAAAUUUGUGCUGAAGAAUUUGAUGAGAAUAACCAUAAGCCACUCUUCCUGCCUUGUGGCCAUACAUAUUGUUACACUUGCAUUUCUAGUUUGCUGAAGAAUCCUCAAAGCAGACUAUGUCCUAAAUGUAGGAAGGAGAUUUCUGUACAUGGAAUCCAGGUCAACUAUGUGUUAAUGAACACUAAAGGCGAGAGCAGCAAACGACCCUUGGAAUUAGAGACACUGUGUCCUCAUCAUGGCAGUGAUGUUGACUACAUCUGUGUGGAGUGUCAUGAACUUCUCUGCUUCACAUGCCUUGAAGGCAUCCACGCUGAGCACCAAAUUAGCUUGAUCGACGACUUGCUGCUGAAAAAUGGCGAUGUGGACUCCAGGACCAAGAUACAAACUGCUCUGCAAGGAAAACUUGAGCAACUGAACAAUAUGGCAUCAGUUUUUUCUAAAACAUUGAAGUUUAUUGAUGAAUUAAUCAAACUGAAGACUAAUAUAGGAGGCUGGAACAAUUUUGUUGAUGCCCAGAUAAAUUCAACAAAGGAAGAUCUAAGGGCCUGGGUCAACCUACCCACCUGUGUUGAUGAUAAUAAGAGGAUCAAAUGCAAGGAAAUUAUUGGUCGUGUCAAACUGGAACCCACAGAAAAUGAAUUCAUGUUGCAAGAAAUCCAUAAAAAGUUUAAUGCUGCAAGCAAGGAGUGGGAUUCCCUUAAGGGGAAUGGAGAAGCUUCAAUGCUGGUGAGUGGAUGUGAGAAAUUUAUCAACCCAUAA